UUUACUUGAAACGAAGACAAAUAAUAUCUAGGGGCACUUGAUGGUGCUCAAAUCAAAGAACACCAUCAAUUAUAAAAUAGUGUGUCAGUUCGUUGGAUUUAACAUUAUUAUAACCCUAAUUCUGUUAAUAAGAAGGAAGAGAGAGGAGAGAAGCAUCCCUGUAACCUCUUCUGAAACUUUCAAGGAUAUUACUUUGAGAGGGUUAGGCAGGGAUUUCAUUUCUUUUUUCUUUCCCUUCUCUCUUCUUCUGCUGUGGAAAAAGGAAGACAAAACCUUGGCAUUGGAUUGGGGAUACAUUUCUCUUUAGACAGUUUGAAAGAGUCUGCAGAAGGGUUACUUAGAAUCUGAUAGAAGAAAUGGAUAACAUCUCCGAAGAAUUUCCCCUAGUUGCCAAGAAAGGAGCUCCAGUGCCACCUCCAUCACGCGGUCCACCAACAACCAGUUACCACCAAAAGGGGUUAUUCAUAAAUGCCUCAACAUUAAGAGGAUAUAGCUGUGUCCGCACAGCUACCAGGGACUUGUGGGACCAACUCUUUGAUGAAGGCUAUAGAGCAGAUGUUACGAUUAGUACUGAUAAUGGUGGCUCCAUAUACGCGCAUGCUAGUGUUCUUGGAAUGGCUUCUCAAGUGAUGAAAGGAAUGCUAAAGCAAGCAAAAGGCCGAGGUCGACGACGAUCGAUCUCAAUUCAUGGUGUUCCACACGACGCUGUUAGAGUUUUUAUUCGACUCUUGUAUUCUUCCUGCUAUGAGAAAGAGGAAAUGGAGGAUUAUGUGCUGCAUUUGCUAGUGCUCUCACAUGUGUUUGUGGUUCCAGCAUUGAAGCAAAUAUGUAUUCAGCAGUUGGAGCAUGGUUUUCUUACCUCAGAGAAUGUAGUUGACAUCUUUCAGCUUGCAUUGUUGUGUGAUGCUCCCCGGCUUAGCCUCAUUUGUCAUCGCAUGAUCUUGAAGAACUUCCAGGAAAUUUCCAUCACUGAAGGAUGGAAAGUAAUGAAAAAGAGCCACCCAUCACUUGAAAAGGAACUUCUGGAGUCCUUGGAUGAUGAAGAAAAUAUGCAAAGGGAAAGAAUUAGAAAAUCAAAUGAGAGAAAGAUCUAUUUCCAAUUAUACGAAGCAAUGGAGGCUCUUGUUCAUAUAUGCAGAGAUGGUUGUCAGACAAUUGGGCCUCAUGAUAAAGAUUUCCGAGAUAAUCAGGCACCCUGCAACUAUUCAGCAUGCAAAGGACUCGAAAUGAUUGUCCGCCAUUUUGCUAGUUGCAAGCUAAGAGUACCUGGUGGUUGCAUCCAUUGCAAGAGAAUGUGGCAACUAUUGGAACUACACUCCCGUCUCUGUGUUGAUUCAGAGGCGUGCAGAGUUCCUUUAUGCAGGAAUUUCAAGGAGAGGACCAAGAAACAAAGCAAGAAGGAUGAGAUUAGGUGGAGAAUACUAGUGAAAAAUAUACUCAAGACAAAGAGCAUCGGAGGAUCGCCAUUCUUUUCAUCAGCAUUUUCCAUGUCUUCUUGAUGGAAAAAAAAAAAAAAACAGAUUUCAAUUGUAGAUUUGUUGUAACCAUCUUGUAGAGAUAGGAACAACGUCUUUUUGAAAAAACUGUUGUUCCUUUCUACCUUACUGUGAACAAAAAAAAAUUGAUGAAUCAGCAAAUAUAUCACUUCCUUAUUCUGAGAA